UCCACAGGGAGUUGAACCCUACACUUAUGGCCUCGUGGCUUUCCUUAAGAAGCAUUCGAUGCAGCAGAUUUCCUCCAUCCAAUCCCGUCAGGCUGACUUCCCACGGUCAACAGGAGUCCUCAUCCCGGGUUCAUUCUGCAGUCCCCAUGGCUCUAGCUCCCAGCUUCCGUGGACACCAGUGGACUUACAACCCUGUCCGAGCAGGGUCCUGCCUGCUCCUGCUGCUGGUCAUGCCGAAUCUGCUCCUGUGCCAAGGCAACAUAUGCCCAUCCUGCGGUCCUGAUGUGUUUGGUGUCCCCCUGAAGUUCCUUAGACAAACGUUUAGCCGUGUGUCCAGGCUGUCCCACGACAUUCAUAACCUUUCCACAAUAAUGUUCAAUGAGUUUGAUGAAAACUAUUCCCAGAGUAUACCGGAGUAUAUCAAUGCCACCGAUGACUGCCACACCAAUCCCAUCCAUGCUCCUGAAGAAACAGAAACAGCCCAACAGAUGAACAAUGAAGACCUUACUAAGUGGAUACUCAUGUUACAGUACCUCUGGGAAGAUCCUCUGUAUGCUCUAGUCCAUGAACUGCGGUUUGGGAAAGACCUCUCAGAUACUAUCCUAUCAAGUGCCAGAGAGAAUUUUAAAAAAUUACGCAAACUUCAAAUAAUCAUAGAGAGGCGAUUCAGCCAGAUUGUUGUUCCAAUCAGGUUGACGUUGGCCAAGGAUCUCCUAUAUUGGCAAAGAUUCUCAUCCCUGGUGUCCAGCGAUGAAGAUGUACGUCAUUUUGCAUUUUAUAUCCUGUUCAAGUGCCUGAGCAGGGAUUCCCAUAGACUUGACAUGUACACCAAGAUUCUGGCAUGCCGAAUCAGUGACGAGUGCUGAAUCUUCAUCCAUCCCAUCCAGUUCUGAGAUGGUCCUAAUGAUCUAUGCCUUAAAAAGCUUUUUUGAAAUUACAGCUUUUCAUGCAUUCUCUGUGAAAUAGGUCUCCCCUUAAAAAAUAAACACAGACU